AUGGAUGAAAUAAUUGAUACUUCAGAUACUAAUGCUGAUGAUUCUUUUAGCCAAGUUUUGGAAUCAUCUCUAAGUAAUAUCCUCACAAAACCGCCAAGUAUUUUGGGAAACCAGUUUUGUUGUAAAUGUGGGCAAGUAUAUGAGAGUUCUACUGGAGUUUCUGCACUAAGAAAGCAUCUUGAAAAUCAUCAAAUACAAGCAUCAAAAAAAAAGCAAGCUACACUUCAAAUUUAUCAUAAAGAUCCUCAUAAUGAACAAGAGCAACAAAAAGAGAUGAGAAGUGUUAAUAUAUUAGAGGCUAUUAGUUCCAUUCUUAAUGAAUUUAAAUUAAAUAAUAAAAUAAUGGCACUCACUACAGAUAAUGAAUCUGCUAUGGUAGUAUGUGGUCAUUUGUUAGCAAAAGAACUAGAAAAUGAAUUUAAUAAUAUUGGCAUUGAUAAUAACUUGAUUUCUGAAUUGUACCCUAAUCAUGACGAUCAACAAAAAUUACAACCAUUAGAGAAAGCUACAAAACAUUUAUCAGCAGCAUCUUACCCAACCCAUGAAGAAUACUCUCAAAAAAAUAUAGCCAUCUCUAUAUAUAACAAAUUAGUAGAAUAUUGGGAAAUAAUGGAUCAUUCUUCUAUAGUAUCUGCAGUUCUUGAUCCACAUACUAGGCUUAAAAUCUUUAGUGAUACAGAAGAACAAAAAAAUGCUAUUGAUCAAACCCAUUAA